AUGGUUGAGUCCGAGUCCCUCAAGAAAGCCCAGCUUGUCUUGGAGAAGGUGACUGCUGUUCAGGAAGGCCUGGUCAACACACUUGAUCAGAUCAGCACGGCAGUUGACCAAAACAAGCUUGUGGAUAUGGCAAGCCUGCAUUCUCAGGCCCCCUCAGGCGAUGCUUGCCAAAUUCAGGACUUGGAGCCUGCCGCGUGCCCGCCAGGGUCCGACCGUUUAGAGGAGUUGAAGUUGGAGGCUGAAAGUGGAAAGGAACAAUGCGAGCAGAAAGCCGCAGCAGCCAAAGAGACCCUGAAAAUCUUGGACACGAAAGCCAAGAAGUUGGAUGCGGCUGGGUUGGCUUCGACAAAGGAGAGCCAUCUCUCGUCAAAGCUCGAAGAGCUCAAGAAAGUGACAGAGAAGACUGCUGAGGUUCGUGGGCAUGCCCACCAAAUAAAAGGAAUGGACGAGGUGUUGGAAGCUGCAGGAGUUUCGAGCUCUCUGCCGAUAGCUUCAAAGAAGGAGGAAUAUCAGAACGAAACAGAACUGCGCAUCAAGAAGUACUUCGAGGCACUGAAUGAGGUCUCUCUUGAGCUAAUCCUUCAAAACGGGCUGCCAAUGGAGCUCGACAAGAUCGUUGCCAUCCUGGACGAGUGCGGUGCAGUACAGCAAAUUGGUGAGGCGGCCGGGCAAGGGAGGAAGGAAGUUCAGAGAGUCAAUGACCACCUCAAGAAGCACUUG